AUGCAGUUGCGAAAUACAGCAUUAGGUUGGAUCGUCACGGGCGAUACAGGCACAAGGAAGCAACCAUCCAAAGCAACUUGCAAUGCGACACUGAAGGCUCUUCACGAAGAAGUGAACAAAUUCUGGAACGUGGAAGAGGUCUCCUCAAAUAAAAUUUUAUCUCCAGAGGAACAAGCCUGUGAAAUGCAUUAUACGACUCACACCACUCGAGAGUCAACUAGACGAUACAAUGUCCGCUUGCCAUUUAAAACCAAGAGCUCUCAGCUAGGUGACACAUACGGGUUAGCUCUAAAGAGGUUUCUUUCAUUAGCGCGUUCGCUCCGUAAGAAACCUACAUACGGAGCACAAUACCAAGAAUUUUUGAGCGAAUAUAAACAGUUGGGUCACAUGUUUGAGAUUCCGAAUUAUCUGGGGGAUGGCUGUUAUGUAUCUCAUCACGCAGUCAUCAAGGCGGACAGUGUCCCGAAGGUGCGCGUCGUCUUCGAUGCUUCUGCCCUAUCAUCAUCAGGAAAAUCAUUAAAUGAUUUGUUAAUAAUAGGCCCUACCAUCCAAGACGAUUUAUUCGCCUUGACUAUAAGAUUCCGGACAUACAAGUACGUAUUCGCUGCCGAUAUAGCGAAAAUGUACCGGCAAAUAAACAUUCACCCGGAGGAUCGGAGGUAUCAUAAAAUUCUUUGGAGGGAAAACAUAAACGACCCAAUAAAAACAUACCAACUAAAUACAGUGACAUACGGUACCGCAUCCGCACCAUACGUGGCAAUACGUACACUACAGCAGCUAGCACAAGACGAAGAACAGACUUAUCCGAUAGGGGCACGGGCAUUGAAACGGGAUUUUUAUGUCGACGAUCUGUUAACCGGGCAAACCACUCUCGAGAAGGCAACAUUGCUACGGGAUGAACUCAUUAACAUAACCAUGAAAGGAGGAUUCGAGCUCAGACAGUGGGUAUCAAACGAACCAAAUUUAAUAGAGUCUAUAUGCAUGACAUCAGAUGCUUCGGAACACCUCUUGCUAGAUGACAAAGACAGCAAGAAGGCUUUGGGACUACAGUGGAAAGCUACGCAAGAUACUCUAGGCUAUUCCUUAAAACAAGAAGCAAAGGUGCACAAGAUAACAAAACGGACAAUACUCUCGAGAGUAUCUCAACUAUUCGACCCAUUAGCUUGGGACGAUGCUGUACCACACAACAUUCGGGUAGCAUGGGUAAAAUUCCAAGAGCAGCUACGGAAAAUUCAUCAAGUUACCAUUCUUAGACGGGUCACUAUAGAGAACAGUAUCAGGUUACAACUACACGGAUUCGCCGAUGCCAGUGAGCGAGCAUACGGAGCAUGCAUUUAUUUUCAUAGCACAGACCUCCAAGACAAGCAUUGGAGCCAUUUAUUAUGCUCAAAGUCCAGAGUAGCGCCGCUGAAAACGCAAUCCUUACCCAGAUUGGCAGUGUUGCUCAUCCAGAUAUUCAGCAGCGUCACCAAAGCUUUACAUCUGGCAGUUCAACCAAGCAUCUUUUGGUCAGAUUCAACAAUAGUAUUACAUGGGAUAAACACUCCACCUCACUCGCUUAAACCAUUUGUUGCAAAUAGGGUCACCGAAAUUCUUCAAAGCAGUAACGUAACUCAGUGGCGACAUGUACCAUCAAGCGACAAUGCGGCGGACAUCUUAUCUCGAAGAGGGAACAUGGAAGACCUUCCGAUAGAAGUACCGGAGAAACGAAAGGUUACAACGUUAGAAACAACUAUAGCAACCCAAAGUCAGAUACUGGACAGAUUUUCCUCACUCCCACUACUCAAACGAGUCAUUGCCUAUUGUCCCAGAUUUUCUAACAACACGAGACAGCAAUCAAAACGCAGGGGAGACCUAACUGUAGAAAAACUACAGCACGCAAGCAAAAGAAUCAUAGGCAUGCUUCAAAAAAUGGCAUUCUCGAACGAAAUACAGGACUUAGUCGCUAACGCAACAGCAACACAGUCAGAGCUGCAAUAUGAGCAGAAACACCCGGCCGUAUUACCACAAUAUCAUCAUGUCACAGAUUUAAUUAUUCGCGAAGCGCACAUAAACCAGAGUCACAGCGGCGUUCAAGGCACACUACACGCAAAUGCAAACCAGAACCCUUACAUAUCCUAUAGGCCAACUUCCAGUAAAUCGAGUCAGAUUCUCGAGGCCAUUUCUGGUUAUAGGGAUUGA